CCCCCGUGCCCUCAGGUGACCUACAGGGUGGUGCAGGUGACGGAGGCGCCACUCGAUGGCCCCGAGGGAGCCGCCGUCAGCGUCGUCUCCACCUUCGCCGGCGCCACCCAGGCGGUGAUCCAGAACCCCUUCAGUAACGGGGGGAGCCCCGGGACCGAGGGCGGCGCCGAGGCGCGCUUCGCCUGGGCGGGGGAAGGGACCGUCUCCGUCCAGGCUGACCCGGCCUUGGCGCAGGCUGGAGGCCAGUUCUACGUGAUGAUGACCCCCCAAGACGUCCUGCAGACGGGGACCCAGCGCAGCAUCGCCCCCCAUGGGCACCCCUAUUCCCCGAAGCUGGAGGGGCCCCGGGUGCCCCGGGACGAGCGGCGCCGGGCGCAGCACAACGAGGUGGAGCGCCGCCGCCGGGACAAGAUCAAUAACUGGAUCGUGCAGCUUUCCAAGAUCAUCCCCGACUGCGGCACCGACAACAGCAAAACGGGGGCGAGCAAAGGGGGGAUCCUGUCCAAGGCCUGCGACUACGUGCGGGAGCUGCGCCAGAGCAACCAGCGCCUGCAGGAGACCUUCAAGGAGGCCGAACGCCUCCAGAUGGACAACGACCUCCUCCGCCAGCAGAUGGAGGAGCUGAAGAGCGAGAACGCCGUGCUGCGGGCCCAGCUCCAGCAGCGGGGGCUGGAGGGGACCCCCGAGGGGACCCCCCAGUGACGUCAGGGGGGGACACCCCGCCCCUCCCCCCACCGGGGACCCCCCCCGGGGCUCCCCCUCCCCCACCUUGGGGACCCCGCACCUCGAGGCCGCCUGGUUGGGCCACUCUCCGGGGACACGCCCCCCCCUCCCCCAACCCCCGCCCCCUCCGGCCUUGGGGGCACCCCAGGGACCCCUCCCCCACCCUCGGGGACCCGCCCCUUUGGGGGCACCCCAGGGACCCCUCCCCCACCCUCGGGGACCCGCCCCCCUUUGGGGACACCCCAGGGACCCCUCCCCCACCCUUGGGGACCCCCCUCCCCCGCUUUGGGGAUCCCCGCCCCCCGCAAACCCACCGCCUCGGGGACGCGCCCCUCCCCCACCCUGGGGACCCUCCCAUUGUCGACCCGCCCCACCCCCCCAGGCCACGCCCACCUUG